CCACCGCCACUUGACUAGCUAGCUAGCUGCUCGCGGGAUCGCGCUGUACGCUGCUGACUUGUUGAGUUGUUCUGGUACGUGGAGCUGCGACGACGCUCGAGCUAGCGCUGAGAUCUAUACUACUAGUAAACAUCCGGUGGAUCGAGUGUGGAGGACAGUAUGGCGAAGGCUGGCGUCCCGCAUCAGGCCGGUGUGGUAGCGCUGCUGCUGUGCCUCCUGCUGGUUCUGUCGUCCGCCGUGACGACGACGGCCGAGGCCGGCGGGCAGCUGGGGAGGCGGGAUGGUGCCGUGUUGGUGACUGCGGCGGCGACGGCGACUUCCGCGACCGUGAUGGGGCGGCGGCUCGGGAAGGUAAUGCGAGAGGAGAUGGAGGUGGACGACGCCAUCGGCGUCGGCGAGUCCAAGAGGCGGAGCCCCGGCGGGCCUGACCCUCAGCACCACUGAAACCACCAGGAUACGUUACUUAGUUACUGUGUGCCAUGUUUCGUCGUACUGUACUUGUCAUGCACAGGGGACUUGAAGAGUCAUUUCAUUCCAAGAGGUAGCGGUUCUCUGCUUGUCUGAAUAAAAGGGAGGAUCUGUUUUUAGUUUUAUACAGCUAUAAUUGUAGAACCAUUUGCCCUACCCCUCAGGGUCAUACAUAGACCCUGAAAUAGGUUAGCUUAUGCAAUGGUUCUUCAGAGAGCUUACAAAGAAUGAUGUAAGAUACUUUGAUCUGUUUUUGGCUCCCAUUUAUUCAUAUUAAUAACUUUCAGCUCA